GUAGCCCUAAGCAGUUCAAUUGACUAUUGCUUCUUCCUCCUCCGAAGAUUUAAUUGGUAACGGUGUGUAGCAGAGAGUGUUGAUUAACCAAAAAAGAAAAAAAAAAGAUGGUGCAUUGUGAUCACUGUUGUAAAAAUGUUCCCGGGUUUCGACUCGAUGAUGGUCCCUUAUGCUGUAACGUAUGUGGGAAGGUGUUGGAAGACUUCCAUUUUUCUCAGGAGCCCACCUUCGUGAAAAAUUCGGCAGGGCAGAGCCAAUUAUCUGGCCGUUAUGUAAGAACAAUUCAAAGUGAAUUCUCUGCUUCACGCCAAAGGACUUUAGACAGAGCUUAUGAUGAUAUCAAAUAUUUAAGUUUCAGCCUUGGAGUGAAUGAUGAUAAUGUAGCCAACCAAGCUUUGGCCUUUUAUAGAAUAGCGCUUGAGAGGAAUUUCACCAGGGGACGUAAAUCAGAACAAGUACAGGCUGCUUGUCUCUAUAUUGCUUUCCGGGAAAAUAAUAAGCCAUACCUUCUUAUUGAUUUUUCAAAUUAUUUAAGGACAAAUGUUUAUGUGCUAGGUGCAGUUUUCUUGCAGCUUUGUAAAGUAUUAAGGCUCGAAGAGCACCCAAUUGUUCAAAAGCCUGUUGAUCCCAGUCUUUUUAUUUAUAAAUUCACGAAUAAUUUGUUAAAGAAAAGGAAUGUGCCUGUUUCUGAAACUGCGCUGAGUAUUAUUGCUAGCAUGAAACGUGACUGGAUGCAGACCGGGAGGAAGCCCAGUGGAUUAUGUGGUGCAGCAAUAUACAUGUCUGCUCUUGCACAUGGUUUCAAGUGCUCCAAGUCAGAUAUUCUAAGAAUCGUCCAUGUAUGUGAAGCAACAUUGACUAAGCGGUUGGUAGAAUUUGAGAAUACAGAGUCUGCUAGCUUGACAAUUGAGGAGUUGAAUACGAUGGCAAAAGAGCAUGAAAAUAAUCCAAUUAAAAUACCAAAUGGUGAGUUGAACAAAUGUACUUCAAAAGAUCUACUAUGUGAACACAAGGAUAGUGCUGUGCCCCAUUUCGCCCUUGGUUUAUGUGAAGCAUGUUACAAGGAAUUUGAUAAACUCUCUGGAGGACUUGGUGGUGGUUUGGAUCCUCCUGCAUUCCAGCAUGCUGAGAGAGAGAGAAUGACAAAAUCACUCUCUGAGGAAAGUGCCAAUAAAUCACAUGAUUUGGUGGAAGCAUCAAAUGGUGCAUGUGAGAGCCAAAUAGAAGAAUUACAUGCCUCUGAACCAGAAACUAUUGGGGCUAAUGAGCUCCAUGGUAUAAAAGAUGGUGACCAUGAUGAGUCUCAUAGAGAAGAUGAUAUGAACGCAAAAGCUCAUGAUGAAUCAGAAAGUCUUUCUGAUAUUGAUGACCAGGAGGUUGAUGGCUACCUUCACAAUGAGGAGGAAAAGCAUUUCAAGAAGAUUAUAUGGGAAAAUAUGAAUAGAGAGUAUCUUGAGGAACAAGCAGCCAAGGAAGCAGCUGCAGCAGCCGCUAAGAAAGCUUUUGAGGCAAAUUUCCAAAACUGUUCUGACGAUUUGCUAGCAGCGAGAGAACUUGCUGCAUCUGCUGCUGCAGCUGUGGCAAAAUCCAGAAAGGAAAUGAAACAGAGGCGAGCUCAAGAGACAAAAAAUUCGGGUCCUGCUCAAUCUGCUGUAGAGGCCACUCGCCAAAUGUUGAGAACGAAGAGGCUGAGCUCCAAAGUCAAUUAUGAUCGCUUGGAAGAAUUAUUUAAUGAACCUGUGGCUCCAGAGAAUCCCAAGAAAGUACGAUUUGAGCUACCCUCUGAUAAUCAUGAUAAUUUUGAGUCAAAGUUAGAGGACAAACCAAAGGAUGAUGAACCAGGUUCAGCUGACGAAUUUGAGGAUGGUGAUAUGGACGGAGAAUAUGAAAAUACUUUGUAUCAAGAAAAUGCAGACGAGACAUAUAACUAUGAGGAUGAUGGUUAUAACUAUGAUGAUGAUUACUGAAAGGUUGCGAGAAGCUCUUUCUACAGCAAUUAUCUGUGACCUGAGCUUAGGAGUUACAAUUGCCUCUCAUAAUGUAUUAUUCCAUUUUUUUCCUUCUUUUCUUCUUUUAAAAUUUUGGCCUUCUUUGAACAGUUCGAUUCAACUCAAUGGAAUAGAGUUUCUUGUUUAUUACAUCUGAUUAUGGUGUAUGCUCUAAUUGAGGUCAUGCUCGAAUAGGUUGUAAUUUGUAUCAAUUUGAUUUU